GUGUUAGGCCGACGUACGUGACGGAUACGGUCAGCGUGAUGGUGGCGGAAGCGUUCGGGAAAGUAGCGUAAAAUCGUCUUCGGGCCAGUCGAUGCACCAUCGUCCAUCACGGUCGCAUCUCUAAAAGAUAGUCUUGCCCGUGGCGCGUUUUUUGGUUAGUGGUCGUCGUAUUUAUCCUCUGUUUUUUUUUUUAUUCGUCGUCCUCCCACCGAGAAAUGUCGCGAUCAUCCCUGUCGUCCGCGUUUCGUUCAUCGCCGUUCCGGUCGUCGGUUCGGUAGAGAGCGUCGCGAUUCUAAUAUAUCGUCGCUCGCCGCCGUGUGUUUUAGUGGCGCGAUUGCCUAGUGCGACCGUGUCCGUCGUUGGUGCGCUUCUAGUGCUGUGUAUAAUUAGUGGCUGUGGUGCGCGUUCUGUGCGCCAGUAUUUUCGACUCAAGCCAACAUGGAAUUGCGGUUGCACAGCCCCGUGGGCUCCGACCCCGUCGUCUACAAAUGGCCCAUGAUCAUAGGCAGAGGAUCGGACAAACAUGAUGGUGCACUGGGAAUUAUAGAAACAAUAAAAUUGGUGUCGGAUGACUUCCCAGACAUGAAGAUGCCUCUAGAAAACAACAUACUUUGCAACUACGACACAAAAUCAUACGACAGCAUGAAGUCUUUGUGCGACAGGUUCAACAAGGCCAUUGACAGCAUGGUUCAAUUGAAUAAGGGAACUUCUUUACAAAAAUUUAGUAAAAAAGCAUCUAGAAGUCUUCUCCGACACAUAAUUCAACAAGUUUACAAUGUUUCUGUAACCGACCCUGAUAAACUAAAUCAAUAUGAACCAUUUUCACCUGAAGUAUAUGGAGAAACAUCUUUUGAUCUCAUCUGUCAAAUGAUUGAUCUGAUUAACAUUACGGAAGAUGAUAUAUUUAUAGACCUUGGAUCUGGUGUAGGGCAAAUCGUUUUACAAAUGGCUGCGGCCACUCAAUGUAAAAUCUGCUGGGGUGUUGAAAAAGCUGAUGUCCCUUCAUCAUACUCAAAAUUUAUGCAUUUAAAUUUUCAAAAAUGGAUGUCUUGGUAUGGCAAACAAUGUGGCCAAUAUCAACUUAUGAAGGGUGACUUUUUGAGUGAAGAACAUAGAGAAAAGAUAACUAAUGCAACAAUUGUAUUUGUGAAUAAUUAUGCAUUUGGGCCACAAGUAGACCAUAUGUUAAAACAACGAUUCGCUGACCUGAAAGAUGGAGCUAGAAUAGUUUCUUCGAGAUCGUUUUGUCCUCUUAAUUUUCGAAUGUCUGAACGCAAUUUAAGUGAUAUUGGAACCAUAAUGCAUGUAACAGCGAUGGAACCUAUAACUGGUUCAGUUUCUUGGACUUGUAACCCUGUAAAGUAUUAUCUACAUGUUAUUGAUCGAACAAAGCUCGAGCGGUAUUUUACUCAAAAUAAGCCUCCCGUUCCAAAAUCAAGGGUGAAUGGAGAUAAACAAAAAUUAACAACAACCAUUUCUGUUAAUAAUUGUUCAUCUGAUGAUACAGACUCAUUGUUUAGUACUUUGAAUGGUGAUAGUGUGGAUGGAAGUGCUACAACUGGAUUGACACCUGACAAAACUAUAACAAACAACAAUGGGCGAUGUGCAUGGUCAGAUCUAGGUGGGCAAAAUAGUGAGGAAGAAAAUGAAAAUAAUACAGACAUUCACAGUAGAACUACUCGAAAAGUAAUGAAGCGUAACACACCACGGCGUAGUCGUAGUUUUAAAAUCACUCCUACUACAUAUUUAAACCGAUCACAUUCUGAAGCAACUGUUCCUGAAAAAAAGACUGUAGAAAAAAUUGCAAAAGCAAAACGAGUUGUUUCUACUAACCGCAAACAAAAGGCUAAAAGAAAGCCACCUAAACGUAAUGUUAAAAUAUCAGCGUCUCUAAAUUUAUUACAUAGUGAGACUGUAUUAAGUACUACACCAGAAGUAUCAAUGAGUAUUAAAGAGCCUCCAAAAGGAUGUGUUGAUCAUACUUUGACUUCAAUUACGGGAGUGGGAGCUGGAUAUGCAGCUACUCAUACUGAACUUCCUCCGCCCACUGGAGAUAUUCCAUACUCAUUACAAUUGCUUUUAGAUGAUUAUAAAGAAGGCUUUAUGAAUAUGAUAAAUAUGUUUAAGACUCAGAAAUUCCGCGAAGAUGUUGAAGCGCAAAUAAUUGCUGAAAAGGAAAAAAAACAAAAUUCAAACAUGAAAAUAAAUCAAAUAAAAAAACAAAUUGACCAUCUAAUUAAGGAUAGCUGUAGUCUUUUAAAGACUCGUAUGAAGGAACUUGAUAUUUAUCCUACUAAUACCACAGGAGAUGUUUUGACAGCAGCUAAAGUAAUCGUAUUGCGUCAUAAAGAUCUACAAACUAAAGUGGCCAAAGUUAAAAAUGAAACAAAUGUAUUAGAAAAUCAACAUUGGGAUUAUUACUGUAAAAGAGCUGCUGAGGUGAAUGCUGUUGGUACCCCUGGACAUUUAUUAGUACAUCAAACUGAUAACUCAACAGAUCAAGAAAUAAACACCCAACGUUUAUUAAUGACAGAACUUAUGGCCAAUCGAAAAAGAAAACAUGCUUUGUCUUCAACUAUUGAAGGAGUCAAAACUGAAAUUGAUAACUUAGAAAAACAAAAUUCAUCAAAUAAGUUCAAUGGCUCUUUAGUAAAUCAAAUGUGUAAUAAUAAAAAAUCAAGAAUACGCUCCCAAGACUGGCCAGAAGUACCAGAUAUAGCUAGAAUUGAUGAAAAAAAUCCAGAAAUUCUGGCACAAAAAAUAUUAGAAACUGGUAGACAAAUUGAAGCCAGAAAAAUAAUAGAAAAUGGUAGACAAGUUGAACUAUCGACGCGGUAUCAACGCUCAAAUAAGAUCUAUAACAGAAAUUCAUCAGAUACUUCACUUAAAGUGCCUUUUUAUGAUGAACAUGUCAAAGAUCUCAUAACUCAUGCUUUAAAUGAACCGUCAUCUAAAGGACCAGAUUAUACUAUUGUAUCACCUGCUAAAGUUGCUUUACGAAGGCAUCUGUCACAGGAAAAAAUUUCUCCCAGUCCACCAAUACAGCAACAAAAUGUCAUAACAAGAACAAUUGGUGAUGUGUUAAAUAAUGAAAUUGAAAGAUGUUUGGAAAUGGACAGACAUAAUCGAACAUUAGAAAUAAGCAAUCAGUCCAUAAUUAAUGCCGUUGUACCAUUAUCCAUGCAUAAUAGAAACAAAGACACCACCCAAGCUAUACAUUCAUUGCCUUCAGAAAAACGUUCAUUUAUGUACAUACCAUUACCAAAAGCUGAACUCAAACCUUACCAAGAAUCAUUAUUUAGUGAUGAUAUCCCUCCACCUCAUUUAAUCACUCUCAAAGAGGAACCUGUUGAAGGACUGGCUGCAUCAUUACACGAUCGACUAUUAGAUAAUGAUGGAGAUGAUAGUAAUGGUGAUGAAGGCUUGUCAUUUAAAGAAGAAAAGACUGAAUCUGACACUCAAUCACCACAUAGAACACUCAAGCGCAGUUCUGAAUCACCUGGCCCUCUAAAUGCUAAAAAAAUGACACCUAUGUCCGACAGACUUCCCUCUGAAGAAGAUGAGAAAUGGAAUGAUCGCAUUCGUGAAAGAUUUGAUAGCUUGGUAACAUUUGCAUCAUUAGAAUUGGAUAAACGGCGUCGUAAUAGUUCAGAUGCUGCUGCUGCUAAUACCAGCCCUGAUAGUGGUAUAGGUCAUGGUGAUCCACCGCCUGCCUUACAGCCACCACCAUCACCAUCACCCCCAUUUUCCCCAGCUCCAUUGGAUGGGCCGUAUAGUCCUGUACCUGCCCCGACUGUGACUGCUCCAAACAUACCAUUAAGAUAUCAACGUCACACUAACCAUAAAAAGAAGUCUUUUCGUGAUAAAUAUCGGUCCACUGGGCCUAAAGCAAAAACAUGGGCUGCCAAAUGGAUGGAUGAUGAAAUUCAAAGCACAAGCAAUUUUUUUUAAUGCAAGUAUUUUAUUUUUCUAAAAUGUCUUUUCCACAACCCUAUUAGUUAGAUUUUAAAUAUUUAUAAUUGUUAAAACAACUUUUUCAUACCCUUAACAAUAGUAUCAAUAUAUUAUAUUUAUUGUUCUUUGAUUAAAAAAAAAAAAUCCGAAUUAUGGUGUAUUUUUUUUUUAUACAAAAUAGGAAAUAAUGUUAUUCAUUCUAAUUAAAUCAUUGACUUAAUAACAAUAAUCUAGUUUUUUUUUAAUACAGGUUCCUUGUUAUUGUAUUUUUCAACAGUACACAUUUUUAUUGAAGAAAAGAAAAUAAAUUAUAAUUAUAAUAAUUAUACUUUUGAUGAAUUUAUUUUUAAGCAAUAUUUUUAACUGCCUUUAGUUUGAUUUGUUUACCGAUUGUUUUAUUAUCAUUAACUAGUAUUUAUUAAUAUUAUUAUUUAUUCUUUUCUUUUUUUUUUUUCGUUAUCCUAUUUACUGAUUUUAGAAUAAUAAUUAAUCAAAUAAAUAAUCUGUUCACAAUAAAUAUUCUGAAUAGAAAUUAAGUACUUAACAUUGUAAAUAAUUACUUUAAAAAUGUGUACAGUAAGUAAAAUAUUAAUUAGGCAUCCCAAAUACCAUAGAAAUAAUGUGUUCUUUAUUGUUUAUUUUUAAUUUUUUUUUAAUAUUGUUAUUAGUAUAGGUAUCUAUAAAUAUUUUUUUUUUGUCAAAAUCUGUGUCUCCUCUGUUUUAUCAUUUGUUUUUUUUUUUUUGACGAUAUAGCUCAUCACUGCCUUUUUAUGGAGGCCCCCAUAUUUAUAAAUAUGUACCUAUAGUUCUAUAAAUUAAUAAUUAGUAUAACAAUUUUUUAAAAAUUUAUGUUAUGGGGGAACUUAGACUUUUUUCAAAUAUCUUUUUAUAAUACAUUUUUCAAACUGCCACUCGUUAAAAGUGUUCAAAUUUAAAUUGUAAACCAUUUCUUUUUUUUUUUGUAUUGCAAUUUGCAUAAUUUUUUGUUCCUAAGUUAUUAUAAAGUUCUCCAAUUUUGUACAGAAUAUUUUAGUGGACUUUUUGACAGAUGUUAUUUAUUUCUUUUUAUAAUAUUAUUAAGAACAUUGUACUGUUAGUACAAAAUUAUGUUACGUACUAAUAAAGUAUUGUAAAUACAUGUUAAAUAUAUUGUUUUGAUGGUA